GUCACUUCUUGCAGUGGGCGUAAGCAGUCAUGGUGCUGACUAUUGGAAAGCGUGAUAUCGAACAUGUUGAUCUGACUGGCGAUGAUGAUAGAUAUGCGCGCGCUCAGAAAGCCAGCCGUAUCGCUCGUGAGCAACCAGUCUUAAGCCUGGACGAUGAAGUACAGGUUAUGCCCUCGUUUCAGCUUUCGCAGUCCUUUACACAGGAUGCACAGGAAGGGGAAGAUGAUGAGGCGACGGAUUUAGUUCAAGGAAGCCAGGAUAUUGACUAUACCAACGCUUAUAUGCUCUAUGGUCAUAUGCCUACUAAGAUUGUUGGUGUCCGCUUCUACAAUGGCCAGGCCACGAUUGGCGAGCGAGUGCUUCUACUGCGAGAACCCAAUAAUCCCUAUGAUCGGAAUGCCAUUCAAGUCAAGAAUGUUAUGGGUGACCAAGUUGGCCAUAUCGGGCGUAAAGUUGCAGCAAAGCUAGCCACAUAUAUGGACGCCAGGGAGCUUCUUGUUGAGGGCUUGUUGACUGGAAUCAAAGGGGCUUAUGAUUGCCCAAUUUCUUUGAGCUUAUUCGGAACGAGCGAUACUUCUAAAAGACAGGAGCUGCAAUUGAGAAUGGAACGUGACAGGCUUCCCGUGACUGAGGUGAAAAGGACAGAGCGAGAGGAAGACAAACAGCGGCGAAAACAACUCCAGCAGGAGCUCAAAAGCAAAGGCAGACCUGGUGAGAGCAUGGACAUGCUCGUCAACCAGAGUAUAAUCUUCAACCCUCGGGAUGUCAACAAAGUCGUUGAGGAAUUCGGUCUCAAUGAAUCGGAUCUGGCAAACAUGCCAAUGGCUGAAAGCCCCACAGCUUUGGCGACUGAACUUCUUCACUACCAGCGUCAAGGAUUGGCUUGGAUGAUCAGCAAAGAAUUACCGGUUCUGCCUUCACCUGGGUCUGACACUGUAGAACAGCUUUGGAAGAGGAAGGGAAACUAUUUCACGAAUAUCGCCACUAACUAUACUACGUCUACAGUACCUCCGUUGGCUAGUGGUGGUAUAUUGGCCGACGAUAUGGGCUUGGGAAAGACUAUUCAGAUAAUUUCUUUGAUUAUGGCUAACUCUCAGCCCAAGACCCCAGAAUCAUCCGCAUCCACCUUGAUUAUAUCUCCUGUGAGUGUGAUGAGCAAUUGGAAGAACCAAAUUGAGCUCCAUACCAAGAAAGAGCAUACUCCGCGAGUGCUGAUUUACCAUGGCGCUGGCAAGAAGGAGGCUGCGAACCUCAGCGAGUAUGAUGUGGUUAUCACGAGUUACGGCGCCCUGGCCAUGGAAUACAAUGAAAAUUCUGAUGUAUCACCAAAAAGUGGUAUUUUCUCGGUCUACUGGCGCCGUGCUGUUCUUGAUGAGGGUCACACAAUCCGCAACCCACGGUCUAAAGGUGCUCUGGCCGCUUGCAAUCUGCGAUCGGGCUCUCGCUGGACAUUGACCGGAACGCCGAUUAUAAACACAUUGAAAGAUUUAUACUCACAAGUUCGCUUCCUUAGACUCUCCGGCGGUCUAGAAGAUGUGGCGGUUUUCAACAGUACUUUGAUCCGGCCCCUUUCGCGCGAAGACCCUGACGCGCGUUUACUUCUCCAAGCACUCAUGGCUACUAUUUGUUUGCGGCGUCGGAAGGAUAUGAACUUCAUCAAUCUGCGCCUGCCUCCCCUCACUUCUCGUGUUUUCCGUGUUAAAUUCCAUGCCCACGAGAAAGAGAAGUACGAUAUGUUCUUAUCCGAAGCGAGAGGUGUGCUCUUAAAUUUCAAGGCCAAGGAACAAACCAAAGAGUCUACCUACUCGCAUGUACUGGAAGUCAUUCUCCGCCUGCGUCAAGUUUGCAACCAUUGGACGCUAUGCAAAAAUCGUGUCGACAAACUGACUAGUCUUCUGGACAAGCAUAAGGUCAUCCCAUUGACCCCUGAGAACAUCAAAGCGCUCCAGGAUAUGCUGCAGGUUCGGAUUGAGAGCCAGGAGACAUGCGCUAUUUGCCUUGAGAUUUUGGAACAGCCUAUAAUCACCGCUUGCGGUCAUGCUUUUGACCGCUGCUGCAUCGAGAAAGUCGUCGAAAGGCAGCAUAAAUGUCCUAUGUGUCGUUCCGAAAUCAAGGACGCGUCCACCCUGGUCUCCCCUGCGGCUGAGUUGGGCGAAGAUGCAGACUCCGCCGUCGGGGCCCCGGACGAUCCCAGCAGUAAAAUCGAAGCACUCAUUAAAAUCCUAACAGCACAGGGACAGGUCCCUGAUACCAGAACAGUAGUUUUCAGUCAGUGGACAUCUUUCCUGGACAUUGUCGAACCGCAUCUCAGAGCAAACGGAAUCGGAUUUGCUCGUAUCGACGGCAGAAUGGACUCCAUCAAGCGCGACCAGUCAACGCGCACCUUCUCCAACGAUCCCAACUGCAAAGUUCUUCUCGCCAGUUUGAGCGUCUGCAGCGUUGGAUUAAACCUAGUCGCUGCUAACCAGGCCAUUCUCGCAGACAGCUGGUGGGCUCCAGCCAUCGAGGACCAGGCUGUGGAUCGUGUUUACCGCUUGGGCCAGACGCGUGAGACGAGCGUCUGGCGUCUUAUCAUGGAAGAGAGUAUCGAGGAUCGCGUGUUGGACAGACAGGAGGAGAAGCGGAAGCUGAUGCUUGAUACAUUCCGGGAGACGGCUAAAAAGAAGAAGGGCGAGGACAGGGCUACUAGGAUUGCUGAGCUUGAGCAGCUUCUUGCAUAAUUUCUCCUUCAUCUAGGUCCCAUUUUGCUUACUUUCUUGCCUAUCUUCAUUUCAUGUUAAUAUGUAUUACGAGCCCUGUUGUUAAUUUGUUGAUGAGUCGGACCCUGGAUGGUCUAUGAAAUGCCAAUAGCUUUCGUUAUUCACGUC